CGCGCGGGAGAGGAGUGGUCACGGUGCUGCUUAAAUAGCCCGCUGCCUGCCCAGCUCCAGACCCGCGCCAGAGCCUAAGCCGCCGCCGCAUCUCGCUACCUUUCUCACCCUUACUUUCAAAAGUCGUCAGUAGAUCCUCGGCACCUCGCAGCCAUGAUUAAGAAAAUGACUCCCCCGGAGAACGAGUUUGACAUACCGGCUAAGAACUGCUACAGGAUGGUCAUUCUGGGCUCCACAAAAGUUGGCAAAACGGCGAUCGUGUCCCGGUUUCUGAGCGGCAGGUUCGAGGAACAGUACACGCCGACUAUCGAAGACUUUCACAGGAAAUUCUAUAGCAUCAGAGGAGAAGUUUACCAGCUGGACAUUCUGGACACCUCAGGGAACCACCCCUUUCCCGCUAUGAGGAGACUAUCCAUACUUACAGGUGAUGUAUUCAUACUGGUGUUCAGUCUGGACAGCAAAGAGUCCUUUCGAGAGGUGCAGCGCCUGAAACAGCAGAUAUACGAGACCAAGUCUUGCCUGAAAAAUAAGACGAAGGAGAACGUGGACGUUCCCUUGGUGAUCUGCGGGAACAAGGCGGACCGGGAGUUCUACAGAGAGGUGCAGAGAGAGGACAUCGAGCAACUGGUCGCCGGUGACGAACAGUGCGCCUACUUCGAGAUCUCGGCCAAAAGGAACACUAACGUGGACAAAAUGUUUCAGACCCUCUUUACCCUGGCAAAACUGCCCUACGAAAUGAGCCCGGACCUUCAUCGCAAAGUCUCUGUGCAGUACUGCGACAUGCUGCACAGAAAAUCCCUCAAAAACAAGAAGCUGAAAGACGCGGACGCGUACGGCAUCGUGGCGCCGUUUGCGCGGCGACCCAGCGUGCACAGUGACUUGAUGUACAUAAAGGAGAAAGCGAUCGGCGGCGGCCAGGGGAAAGAUAAAGAGCGCUGCGUUAUCAGUUAAAAUCACAACGUGAACGAGGAGCUAAAGAAGCCGCUUUUAGGAGCGCCGCAGUCGUGCGGCGGCAGACGAGGCUGCCCGGGUUGCUCUGCUUCCCGGCAUUCGCUGUUGAGUCCGGGGACCGAGGCGCAGAAGGCCUCGCUGUUCCUUGGAGCGAAAUGUCACUGUCUUGAGUCUUGAGACUUCUUAACGCGGUAGCGGACACGCUGCCAGAGUUUUAUAAAGAAUGUAUUUUCCUGUGGCGUCAGAGCGCUAAUAUGUGAUGUGGCUUAAAAUCCAUCGACUUUUCCAACAUGCUGUAAAACGCUGAAAAGCGACAACAGAUCCCGAGGAGGAAUGUAUUGCU